GCUAUGCUCAAGGAGUGGCGUGAGACACAUUAUAAUGAUAUGAAUCACCCUAGUGGAACUACAACGCCGUCAUUUGAUGAUACUGAUUCAUUUUUGGAUCAAAUUGAGCUGAAGACUGAAUGCAAUUCAGAAGAUUUUGAUAUGAACGAUACGAGUAAAAAAGAUUUUUCUGCAUUGGAACACGCAAAUAGUAUGGAUUAUGGUCCAACUAAUGGUCAACAAGAUGAAAACAUUAGUGAAAGCCAAAACGUACUCCCUCAAAAUAAGACAGCACAUCGUAAGUCAACAAGUCUAUGUGGAGAAGAUAAAUUUGUUGUCCUUGAUAUACUGAAACGCUCCACAGAAGGCCAUAAUGUUAUUGAUUUCUAUAAAAUUAACAAAUUUUUGGAUAUUAAAAAUCGCAAACGCCUGGUCAACAUCCUAAUAAAAGAGGUAGUUGAUCGUAAAGUUGAUAAAUAUACGGCAAUAUUUCAUGAUAUGACAAGGCAAAUAAUCGAAGUAUUUCCCAAUGAAAAAUAUGAAACUUAUUUUGUCGCUCACUCAGGUUCCCAGUCGGCAAGAGGUGCCUUAUAUUAUAGAUAUUCAAAUUAUACACGGCAGUUGCGUAAAGAAGGUCUAUUGGCCUACAAGAAACAAAAAUUACGAACUUAUUUGAAAUAA